AUGGCCUCGGGAGACAUGCUUUCCCCACAGGGGGACGCUUCCCCCUGGAUCUUGGAUGAAGCCAGCUGCUGUGGGGAAACAGGUCAGCCAGUGAACAUGGAGACCAUGUCUAACCUUGCAGCAGUUGCAGAAUUGCCCAUGGUCCAGUCCUCAGAGGAGUCAUGGGAGAGCACUGCCAUCAGCAGCAAGAGCCGAUGCUCCGAGGAGCACGUCCUGACCUGCACGUUUGAAGCCUGUGACCUGGAACAAACAGGACAAGUGUCUGUUUUCCGUAUUAUCGAGUACUUACAGUCUGUGACAGGGCAAAGCUGUGAGGAAGGGAGACUGCAGUUGCUUUACAAAAUGCUGGACCCAGAAGAGAGGGGUGUCGCUGUGGAUUUACCGACCUUCCAUGCCGUUAUGAAGAACUGGAUUGCAGAUUGUCGGCAGGAUGGCGGAUUAGACACCAUGAAGGAGCAAGACAAGUUUGUGUACAAUAUGUGCCUGUGGCCAUCUGGUAAGAGGAGGCCUGUCUCUAGUGCUGCUCAGUUAGAGGGAUAUGGCGGGGACGUCAGCUGUGUAAACUCGGAAGAGGCUGCUGCCUUGAUGAACAGCAUUGAAGACCUGGAGUAUGGCAACAAAAAGUUGGCCAUGCAGAAUGCCAAGCUGCAGAGGACCAUCGAGGCAGCUGAGGAACUCAACUCCCGCCUCACCGAAGAGAUCUCCCAGCUGCAAGGCAGACUGAGAAGCACGCAACAGGCCCUAGAACAGGCUAAAUCAGUGGCUAACGAACUAGAAGACCUGAAGGCUGUUGCAAAAAGUCUGGAAGAGGAGAAGGGCAAACUUUACUCACAAGCCCGGCAGCUGGAGAAGGAACAGCUGUGCCUCUCUCUACAAGUGGACUGUCUUCAAGAGGAGAACAGGAAGCUGCUCAUAGAGAGAGACAGAGUGAAGCAGAAGGUUGCAGGGCUGGUUGCUGAGAAGGCAAAUCUGAAGGCCCAGCUCUGUGAAAUUGAAACUCUCCUCUCCUGCAAAGACACUGCCCUUACUGAGAAAACAAACUGUGCCGAAGAACUGACAGCGAUGCUGGCGGAGUACAGGACCGUGGUGCAGGAGCUGAGACUGGAAACAAGCCAGCUGCAGGAGCAGCUGUGCCAAACCACCGAAGACCUGGCCAUGCUGCCGAAGGAGCUGCCCCACGAGCUUAAACCCCACCGUCAGCUUCCUGCACAGCCACUCUGCAUGGAGAUAGAAGAAAUCCAGCAGGGACGAAAGGCCGAGGCCAGGCUGCCCAGCCCGCUGUGUGGGCUGUUGCCAGGCUCAGGAGCUCCUGCAUUGUCACAGCAACUUGUCGAGAUGAGCCCCGUGGAUGUCAGGGCGGUGGCAGAGGAGCAGGAUGUGGGUGCCGCCGUUUGCACCCCAGCAUGGCUGGCUCAGCCAAGCCCCGCCGCGGAAGCCAAAGUCCUGGCUGAGCAGCAGCAGCGACUGACACCAGAGAUGCCAGAAAGCACAGAGGAGAGGAGAGGUGGGAACUGCCCAGCCAAGGAAGAGUUGUGUGCACAUGGCACAGAGGAGCAGCUUAAACUAGCCAUGGGGACCAGUGAAGAGCACAGCUGCUUAUCCUGCUUGGAGACCCAUGUGCUUCCUUGGCCGGAAGGGAAGGCAGCAAAGCCUAUCUGUCUGGAGGCCGGGCCCGCAGACACUCUGUUGUCCAGCGCAGCAGAGAGGAGCCCUGCAGGAGGCCUGCAGCAAGGUGCACUCGUCCCAGUACAGAAUCAGCUGUCCCCGAUCAAACAGAAGCAGCUGCACGACUGCUGGUUUGAAACCUUUGCACUAUGGUUUCCCUGGGGCCUGAUUUCCCUUCUGCAGCGACCACAGCCCCACGUCCUGCCCAGGCGCCUGCUGCGGGCCCUGCUCGUCACACUCCUCCUGGUGCCAGCGCUCUGCUGCCUGGUGUUACCAGGCAGGCAGCAGCCCGGCUGGACCAUGCCCACAAGGCUGGUGUGGCCGCACCUCCAGCUGUGGUACCUGAGGCCCCCUCCUGUCUGA